AUGGCUACGGAGCAGGAUGUUGGUGCUGAAUUGCUUGCGUCGUGCAGAGAAAACUGUCGUGCGCUGAAGAUUGCUCUUUUACAAACUCUGGCGUCACGAGAGCGCGGAACGCAUAGCAAGAGUGCUGAUCCCAAAACUGAGCUUGUUCAGGAGACGCUACGAAGCAUCUUCGAUAUCUAUCGACACAAUACCAGUGCCGAAGCAUCCUCGAACAGUACGCGGAAUGCAUGGGAUGCAUCUCCUGUUGACGACUCGCUUGUCUGCAUCCUGUUCAUAGCAGUGGGGCUCCUGGUUCGAACCGAGGGUCUGAUGCUUGACCAGCCAUUCCAUGCGAUGUUCAGGUCCGUGACGCGAAAGAUUCAUAGCUUAUGGUUUCAGGAGAUCGGCAGUGCCGGGGAUUCUGGUGUGGAUAUUGAAGCACGAAGUCUUCCCGACACCAGUUGUUUAGUCUACGGCAGUGCACGUGUGGGGAGUCCGGUGUCAAGUAAGCCUUGUGAGGAUCAUCAUGUGGUCGAGCGUCGCCCCCUUGCGGACAAGCAAACCCGUGCAACGUAUGGCCGAGAGACACUGCUGGCAGCGCGCAUCAGCAGUCUUGACUCAGCAGAUGAGCCUCAACAUGAUCCUCGGUUUAGGAGACUGGACCUUGGCACCGCGAGGGAUCACGGGGAGUCGAGCUUGCGACGCCGCGGGCGAACUGGAGCGCUGCUCGCGAGGCUGGGACACCAUGGCGAGACGAGUAUGCCCCAGUUUCUGACCAGGAAGCUUGUAGCAGAUAGAGAUGUACUUACCGGCAGCAUAGUCGACGCGGAACGCGCGGAUGCGGCGGUAACUGGAGCACACGCGACAUGCACGCCUUUGGAGAAGCGCGUGUCCGAGCCGCAUGAACAGGAUAUACCAGAAGCGCCCGAGUCCGCAACGCUCCCUCGACAAGCACCAGCCAAACUGGACGGCUUGUUGCAGCCUUGCGAUGCGGCAUGCGAUGAACCGCGCUUCCUGCCAAUGAGGAGCAGCGCUCCACUCGUGGAUGCUUGUUCUAAUGAUGCGUUCAGUUCAGCGCGUCCUCAGCGACUGGCAUUCGCUAAUCUGUUCCGUGAGGCAGUCGAGCUCCUCGCUGUCAUGUACAAGCAACUCGUGCGCGACAUGUAUCCGAUUUUAGCGACUGCGAUGCUCGAGCGCCUGACGCGAAGCCUUCCGUUCGACCACCCCAAGUGUCGAUGCAUGCUGCUUCGACUCUUACUCCUGCACGUUGACUUGAAUCUCACGGACGACAACCACGACGACAACGGGUUCGCUCUAUCCGAGCUCGUCAGCGGAGCACGCCCAUGCCCGCAAGCGAAUGCCCGCAUCACAGAAGCAGGGGCACCAACGACACCGCCGGGAGCGCAGCUCUUAUCUCCGGAGUAUGACACAUGCAUCAGCAAACAGAUGAUGCACCACAGCCACUUCCUGAGCGAGCUGUGGUACUCCUUGGAAAAACAUCGCACACGCCUAUUGAAAAGCGGUCCACGGAUCUCCCGGAGCGCCCAGCGAAUCGCCGCGAAUGCACUCGCCACCCAGUCCGCCGUCUUGUUUGGCGUCGCAAUGCCACUCGCACAUGCCUAUAUGCACUGGCUCGCCAGGUACCUGGACAAGCACCCGUCAGCGGCAUUGAGAUCUCGUCAGCGAUCACGCAUCCUGCGUGCGCUGCUGCCUGCAUGCAUGCAAGUGACACGUGUCGCCGUGCACUGCAUGACCUCCAGUGCAGCGGCUACACGUGUCACUGCAGUUGGCGGGAGAUCGCGAACAGCAUCGCCCUCGCCGAUCGCCGUGGACAUGCUUGCGAGCACGCUCCGUAUGCUCAUCGACUGGAGUCAUGCGGAGCCCGGGGCCUCCAGCGAUCUGUGUCGCGCUGGCAUCUGUGAUACGCUGCGCACGCUCUGGGGCCUCGACCUCUGUUCCAUGAUCAGUAGGGUCGAAUCACCGGCUAGCAGUGUGCAGGCGCUGGGCUUGCCCUAUGACUUGCGCAUUCUAUCUCUUGCGCUGUUGGUGAACCUUGUAGAGCAGAGUUCCGAGGCUCGUCAUAUGCUGUUUGGUCAGUCGCAGUCUAGACCAGGGCUCGAAACGCUCCACGGGGCUCGAGUACCCGUUCUUACGUAUCUGUGGCUGCUGGUGGCUGCAUCUGGUACCGGGCUGGAGCACGCCGGCGCACCAGCGGAGGCUUCAUUGCCUGAGGCGGCAACGUUACCUGAAAGCGCGAUAACUGCUGCAUACAGUGCGCUCGCAGUGGCCUGCGCCGUGGUCCAAGAUAGCAACUUGACGGCGUUCGCAAGUCGUGAGAUACCUGAGCUCUCUUUACCUGUUUUGACUAAUAUUCUGGACAAGUUCGUGCAGCUGAUGGAAAUAGUGGAUGCGGCUGCGGGCUCGUCGACGGAUCCCGAAGCCGGUCUCCAUGAAGCCCUGCUGCGUUUGCUGCAAAGAUUGCGUUCGCUGGAGACGAGCGCUACCGACGUGGUGUCACCUUAG